UCUUCGCGCAUGUGUUUUCUAUAUUAAUAUUUGUGGAGUGUGCAGCGCAGUGUAUUGGAAAAGUUAAGGUAAAUAUGAAUGAAGACAGUGAUCUACUUAUAUGCUUAGAUGAUGAAAAAGAGGAAAUACCAAAUGCAAAUAACAGAGAUGAAGAAAUGCGACCAAUUAUUAAUAAAAGCAAGGAAGACGAUGUUAAUACUAUUAAAAAACAACUCAAAGAAACUAAGGUAAUAAAAAAUCAAAGCUGCGAUCAAAAUUUAAAUGAUGAUUACAUACAAGUUAUUGAUGAUGAAGAUGAUUAUGAGCAAUCAGUUCAAAAAUUAAUAAGUGCUGCAAAUAGAAUAGGGAAAGAAGCCAUUAAGAGCAAACAAUUGAAAGAAGCAAAAGAAAAUAUAUUAACUAAUGAUAGUCAAAUACAUAAAAGUAAAUCAACAAGUGAUCAAAUCACAGAUCAUAUUAGUAUGUAUGAUCCAAGAAGCUCUGUACAAAGUUGUCUUAGAGAAAAAAGAAUUGCAGAUAUAACCAGUUACAAACCGAUUUACGAAUUUCAACAUGUCACGGAUGAUAUACCAUAUCGUACAAACGAAAAUCCUGAUAGAAGAACAAUGGAAGGCUACAUGCAAGAUGUGAGGCCUUUAAACAGUAUUCAAACUGCACGAAAUGUACAUAAUAUCCACCAUGAUAUAGAUAGAUCAGAAGAUAGUUUAACAACGGAUGAACAUUAUCCUACAAUAGACAGGCAUGGAUAUGCUCACAGAUCUGAAAUUCCCUUGAGUAAGGAUUUUUAUCCCUAUGAUCCAAUAAACAGAAAUCCUUAUUUAUAUAUACCUAGAAACACAAAUAGUUGUAAGUAUAAUGCAAUGCCCAUGGACACACACGAUUAUCUUUAUAUGCCACAAGAAAUGUUAAGCAGAGAUGAAUAUAGACGUGCUGAAAUGAGCAGAGUUCAACAAUUUUAUGCUCAUAGACCAGAUUUGAGUAGACUUGAUAACUACAACCAUAGUGAUAUUGAAAGAAAUGCUUACAGACCACUUGAACAAGUAAGAAGUGAUGAUUAUGGAAAUAUUAUGACCAAUGGAUUUCCUUACAGUUAUUAUAUACCUGAUAAUGCUUUAGAUGGCUAUCGGAAAUCAAUGAUGAGCAGACAUGCGUAUAGACCAGGUGGAAUAAGCAUUGAAGAUUAUGAACGCUCCUUGAGAAAUUUGCAAGUAUACGGCGACACUUAUAGACCACCGAUAGGUUUAAGUUUGAAUCCGUAUAGAUCAGUAGAAGUACCUCACCUUUACAAACCUAAAUUAGUAAAUACGGAUAGCUGUCGAGAACCGAUGGUAACAAGAAAUGAAUUCUAUCCAGGAACUGCAGGUACAAAUUAUUCCUACGAACCACGAAACGACCGCUAUAGAACUCAAUUUGGUGAUGCUAACAGGAAUGAAAAUUCUACACUGAAUUUAUCUUUCAAACGAGAAACAAUCAAUACCACUGCUAAUAAGCCAAGAAAUGGGAGUGAAGGUGAAAAUAACCUACAAACUACUUUAAGUGCAGGAAACCAAGUAUACAAAGCGCCAUUUGAUACUUUAUACAAUUAUCAAAAUGAUCCAAGGUACAGACCAAUAACAGGCCACAUGAGGAGAAAAACACCUAAUUUAAGUGUAAAUAAAGCAGAAUCAGAACAUAUGCAUACAUAUAGACUAGAAGUGCCUAUUAGAAGUGAUAGACCAGAUACAGUAAUUUUGAGUACUAAAAACAUUUAUCAUGAUAAAGAGCUUGUUGCAAAUGCCGAAUUUAAUGCGUUAGCUACAUCUGAAACAAUUUGUAACAACAAUCUUAAGAUUAAAAGUAUACAAACAAGUUCUAAAAUAAUUGAUAACAGUGGAGCUGCAUUAGAUAAAGAUGCUAAACAAUUUAUAAAUGAUCUAAACAAGGCACAUGAAGAAAAAGUUGAUUGCAAAAUAAAUUCAGUAGAAAAAAAUAGUAUACGACUAUUGGUCGUUUUUUUCACACGUGUGAAAGACCUCGUCAAAGACACUUUUCCAGAAUUUUCUAAAUCGCUUGAAAAAGAGAUUGGUAAUUUAGGAGCAAGGACGAAUAGUGGAAGACUGAAAACAGAUAUACAAUUCAUUUGUCCUUUAUAUUGUUCUGUGUCCACGUAUUCUUUACCCCGAUUUGACAAUACUGAAGACGAUAAUACGAUAGAAAAACAUGUAAAUCGCGCUAAAAUUUGUGAAGUGUGUAGUUGUAUUCAAAAUUGUUAUAAGUCGUACAGGAAAAAAUGUUUUAAUAUAGUAUCACAAACUAGUGAAAGUCCAGAUGUUGCAGAUAAAGAAUCUGAGAUACUAAACAUGCCAAAUGAGAGUGAAUCUAGAGUUCGAAUACAAACAGUUAUAUGCGCGCGACAAGCCACAGACAGUAAUAAAAUCGCUGUAGAAUCUAGGAAUAAUGAGGAUAUGGAUUUAAACGAGGAAUUGCAAAAAGAUAAAAACUACUUUAAUCCUGAUGGCAAAAUGAAUAAAAGUCAUGUAGACAAAAGGAUACAAGACUCAUUGUCCGUCAUAAAUUUCAACCUUUCUAACAAAAAUAUUGAAAACGCAAGCAAUUCUCCAGAAUGGGUUUCAACUAUAUGUAUUGAUAAUGAUGUAUCAUUACGUAUUAACACUCAUAGCAAGUGCAUGGAGAUUGAAAAACCAACUUUUAAGGGCAAACAAAAUAAAGAAGAAAUAAUAAUCGACUACAGUAGAAAAGCAAGACAGAAUUUAAAUGAAAACAGAGUCGUCGAGGAAAUUUAUCCCAAGGACAAAAAUGAAGCCAAGUUCAUUCUCUCCUUAUCGUUCAAUAAUACAUCUAAUGCAUCAACAUUAAAGGAUGAGAUAAUUAAACAACCGGACACCGUUUACACAUGUCAUAUAUGCAGUUGUACAUUCCCUUACUUCACGUUAUUUGUAAGUCAUAUGCAGAAAGAACAUAAUAUAAAUGAGGUUGACGAAGAUAUAUCAGAAGAAUGUGUUUCAAGAAAAUGUCCUUUCUGUGGAGUUUAUUCCAAACAGAAGAACCACAAUGAACAUGUUAAAAGAGCUCACCCAGAGAUUUUUACUCAUAAAGAAGAAACUAGUGAAACAGAAGCGACAAAAGUGAAUAAAAGAAGGAAAUCGAUGAAAAGAAAGUUCAUAUUUACAUGUCUGGUGUGUCAUAAGAACCUCAAGUCAUGGGAAGUACAAAGGCAUAGAGAGAUAGAACAUAAGGGGCUGAAGAUAGCGAAGAUGUUUACUAAGAAAUUAUCAAAUAUGGAUUAA